UCGACCCGUCCGGAAAAACUGUAGCGAGUGCGUUUAAGGGGAAGUACUUACAAAUUUUCAUAAAAAGUAAUAAAAUAUGCAUUUCCAAUAUGGAUCUAACUAUAUGUAAUGGGUCUUUUUGUUCCUUAAAUAAAUCUCUAACAAAAUACACGAAAACUGAAAAAAUUCAUAAAAUAUUGCUCAUUCAUUUUCUUUAUAUCCGGAAGAUUUGUAAUAUAUGCGGAAGAUUUGUCAAUCUGCAUUCAUUUUCAUUCACAUGUUCAAAUGAUCAGGAAACAGACUAAUGGGACUGUUGUUAAUUUAGGAGGUACAAACAAAACGAGGUGAUAUCAUAUCAGUAAGAUUUGAUAAUUCAGUGACUAGUAUUUUAACAUGGAGGCGGAUUACAAAAGAAAUCUGCAGACCUUACGGACAUAUUCCUCAGAAACGGUUUUUGAAAACAAUCUUUCGAUGUUUGAGGGAUAAAAAGAAAAAAGGAAUGACAUUUCUGGUCCUCCAGUAGCAUCAAUAUCUGUACGAGACAGGUGUAGCGACCAAGGGCCACUUGGAAGUCUUACUGAUGAUAUAACAGAUGCUAAAGAGAAGGAAAUGAAGAACAUAUCGGUAGAAGAGGAGAUGGGUGAAGCAUGUCUUUCACCAAGUCAUCAUGGCGCGGUCGUGAAAAAUUCAUCACCCAGUCAAUUUGCGGAUCAGACCACAUCGAAGCAGGGAUCUGUACAUGGCGUAGACGAUGCAUUUAAAACUACACAGAGCAAGCGUAACAAAGAUGUGGACAUGGAAAUCUUAACACAUGGAUGGACAUUACAUGAAGAUGAUUUAUCGUGGGUACCACAAGCGUUCUACAAAUCUCACAUUCAGGAAUACAAGGCGAACACUGACGGAAGACAAUCAGCUUUAUUUGAAAGACACCAGCCUGGAAGAGGAAAGGAAAUAAAGUUACUGAGAUUACUGAGGAAAAGAACAGGAAAAGGAGCUUCACGCUUGAGAUAUAUAGCAGAGCUUAACAUUCUUGCUGAUAUUGCCAAGAAAGCCGGAUCAGACCUACCAACAUUCCUGGAAAUGACAGAAGUGUGGGCACCACCCAUCCUACUGCCAUGUAUGCAGUGCUACGAGAAAUGUGGCGGGAAGAACGUGGGCCCUAUGAUGCUUCCACCAGACAAGAAGGGAAACAGUAACAACCACAAAUGCUUGACAUGUGGAGGUAAAGUUCAAACUGUAGGAUCGUUUGGAAGGAUGAUACGUCAGAUGCGAGAUGUUAUAGAAGAUAAAGGUUUAGUUCCUCAUGAUGUGUACCCGGACGGUAAUUGCAUGUUUGCUGCAGUAGUUGAUCAACUACGUAUCCGCGGCGACUUCAGUUUCACAACGCACACAUUGAGACAGUCAGCUGUGAAAUACCUCAAGGAAAACCCAACCACAGAUGAUGGUACACCUUUACAAAUGUUCCUCACAGAUGGAGAAACAUGGCAUGCCUACACCCGCCGUAUGAGUGAAAAUGGUGAAUGGGGUGAUCACAUGAUUCUUAGAGCCUUAGCCAAUGUGAUAAACAUGAAGAUUGUUAUAUACGGCGGUGCCUCCGGUAACAGAGAAACAAUAUUGUGUCCCAAAGCCCUUCCAGGCAAUAACGAUCUUUCCGAGACAGGUGAUAAAGUAGCAGUUGAUGAUAGUGUUGUAGCGGGUGAUGAUAGUGUUGUAUAUCUAGCGCAUGUCAGUGAAUCUCAUUACAUGAGUCUUCGGCAAAAACAUUGGAGACAAAAUCUUCAAAAAGGUUUACACAGAAGGUUGUCUUUGGAUUCAACACUUACAGAGGAAAGAUUGCCUAACUAUCUUGUACCGGACAUCAAUUUUGUACUGAGACAUGUUUUUCGAAUGUAUAUAUCCAACAGUUCUGAGUCAGAGUUUUCAGAGAAUUCAGUUCCAAGUCGAAUUGAAACUGUCGAUUUUGCCUUGGAGAUGUUUGGUUCACAAAUUUGUAAACUUGUUCCGUGCAAGUUGGAUUUUGACAGCGUUGGACCUGAUAUAAGCAUGUUUUUCCCAUCGGUGAAAGAGGAAAAGAAAAUUGAUUGCUGUUUCCAAAACUCUGAUUUCACAGUUUUCAGCAUACCAUAUGAUACAGAAAUUGUCUCUGCAUUGAUUUCUGCAAAGGUGACAGACCUUAUUGCCGAAAAUGACACAGAUGUUGUGGGACAUCUAAAGCUGUUUCCGAAAACGCCAAAGAUAUGGAAAGGACAAACGACGUCAUUGAUGGAAAACACCACGUAUGUGAAAACAUUUGAAAUAAACUUCAACAAGUUCGAAGAAGUAUUUCCUUCAAAGCUGCCCAAAGAAUGUGUUGGUGUGCAUUUUGUACUGGCUUUCAAAUGUUCCUGGCCUGAUAUUGCCGAAAACUGGCCACAUAGGGUUCGGAGAAGCGGUUUUCCGAAUGAACCCACUAUAGAAAAUGUUGUGAAAAGCGGUUGUCACGUUGUAUCACUGACGUCAGAUACCAGAAUGUCAGACAUUCUUGAUGACCCUGUCCAUUACAUGACAUCAGUAGAUGAUCAUACCUGGAGUUACUCAUUCGCUGCUGCUGAAAAAGAAAUUUGUCGAUUUCUUUCAUCUGAGCAACGACAGUCUUUUCAUGUCUUUAAGGUUUUGGUUGAUAUUACAUUGAAAAGCAUACCUUUUCCACAGUCUGUCGUGAAAAGUGUCUUCUUCUACGCAUGCGAAAACAUCGAGAAGUCAUCUUGGAAGUCAAAACCCGGCAAAUGCUUUUUCAUGCUUCUGAAGAAAAUAGUACACUGCUUAAAGAAUCGCCAUGUUCCGCACUACUUCAUGCCAGGAAAAAACUUGCUCAACUUUAUACCCGAUCAAAUCAUUGAUGAGUGUUUUGAGAGACUUGAUGGUGCAAGACUCCAACCAGUGAUAACCCUUUACUUCCUGCUGGACCAGAUAAAUGUUAUGCCAUCCGAAAUGGGUGGUUUUGUGGAAGGAAUCAUCGAGAACAUCCACGCGGAUGCCCAGACCGGUACUGAAGUAAGCCUUGUAAGCCAAAUAUCGUUUCCCAACUGUACUGGAGUUUUGAAAGACUUGAUCUUGCAAGAGCAUUAUGAAGUUGCCAAGAUAGUAUUUGAGGACAUUGUAGAAGAACAAGGGAGAUGUUUGGGCCUAGAUUAUGGCGCUUUGUUGAAAACAGCAUUGUGGGAUUCUCACAUAGGUUUUAUAUGGUGUUUUGCUCUUUAUUUUGAUGUUAAACAGAAGACGACUUUGACAAUAACAGUAUGUGAGGGAUAUGGCACCAUUCACGUGACCGAAGUUUUUGGUCCCGACUGCAUUGCCGAAUUGCCUGACACAGUAGUCCCCGAUUGCUUCAGUAUUAGCAAUGGUGAUUUAACAUUUGUCAUCAAGGUUUAUGAAGUCUUAUUACAAACUGUAAGUGAAGAAAUGGUCAUCAGAUCCAUUAAGUAUUACCUGAAAAGAUAUGGAGAAUUGGCGGGUGACUCACUCGUCCUUCCGGACCGUAACGCGGAAGUCACACCGGAUCAAAUGACGCAGGUUAUCAUUAUGCAAUGUUUUGAAAGAUUACACAGAAUAUAUGUGUACUUAUACAAUUUCUGUGACAGAUGUAAACGCGUAGAAGAAUUUCGGGAAAUGAUGUCAGUGUUCACAUUAAUCGCAGAAAGUCUUGGUACACCGUUAGCAUUGGCAAACAUUCAACUCAUGUGGAAACGUCUUGAUGAAAGCGAAAAGUCAGAAAGUUAGUUCGUCCUUCAGGGAUUAGCAAGAGGAAAAGAUUUUUUUGAAAAUUAGUACUACGUUUUAUGUUACCGGAUACGGAAACAAGCUUUCGAGAAACAAAGAAACCAGAGGCAUAGAGUCCUGCAAAUGACACUGUUUCUUGGAACUUACAAUAUGGAUGUAAAGGGAGUCAGAAAUAAACUACUUUUAGAUGUGUAUAAAAGAAUAAAAUGAGAUACCAAGUACUGAAAUAUGCCAAGUUUUUGUGCUAAUGAAAUAAAAUUCACAAGAUAUGUAUUUGAUUUAUAUGAUAAACGUUUUAUUUGUUUUGUUCGUAAAGUAAAACAAUAAAGAAGAUAAUGUUG